CGGCGGGAGCGCGGCUGCCCGGGCCCGCGGCUCCGCAGAGUUGCUGCCGUUGCUGCUGUUGAGAGGCGGCGGCGGCGGCGGCGGCGCAGGUGGGCGGGAAGGAUGGUGUUUCUGCGGCCGGGGAGGCAGGUGCGGACCAGGAGCCGGGCUGAGGUUUGGCUGAAGCAACGUGUGCUUAGGAGCAGCCGGCGCGGGUGUCGCUGAGGCAUCGGAGGGAAACAAGACCGACUGACGGACGGACUGACGGACGAACGGAUAGAACACGACCCGAGAGCUGGCCCCGGGGCCGCGCCGUGGGCGAGAUGCCGGGGCCGCCGACGUUGCUGCUGCUGCUCUUGGCCGCCGGCAGCGCCGGGGCCGCGCCACUUCCGCAAACAGGUGCAGGGGAGGCACCUGCUGCAGAAGUUUCUUCUUUUGUGAUCCUAUCUUUGUGCAGUUUAAUGAUAUUAAUAGUGUUAAUUGCAAACUGUGUAUCCUGCUGUAAGGACCCAGAAAUAGACUUUAAGGAAUUUGAAGAUAAUUUUGAUGAUGAAAUAGAUUUCACACCACCAGCAGAAGAUACUCCCUCUGUUCAGUCCCCAGCAGAGGUCUUCACACUUUCGGUACCAAAUAUUUCACUACCAGCUCCAUCCCAAUUCCAGCCUUCCGUAGAAGGUUUGAAGUCUCAAGUUUCCCGCCACAGUCUAAACUAUAUACAGGAAAUUGGAAAUGGCUGGUUUGGAAAGGUCCUCCUUGGAGAGAUUUACACAGGCACUAGCGUAGCAAGGGUGAUAGUGAAAGAGUUAAAAGCAAGUGCAAGCCCAAAGGAACAAGAUAUGUUUUUGAAAAAUGGAGAACCUUACUAUAUUCUUCAGCAUCCAAAUAUUCUUCAGUGUGUUGGACAAUGUGUAGAAGCAAUUCCCUAUCUCCUGGUGUUUGAGUUCUGUGACUUGGGUGACCUGAAAGCUUAUCUGCGCAGCGAGCAAGAGCACCUGCGGGGGGAUUCACAGACCAUGCUGCUGCAGAGGAUGGCGUGUGAGAUCGCUGCAGGGCUCGCAGCCAUGCACAAGCUGCACUUCCUGCACAGUGAUUUAGCCCUGCGGAAUUGUUUUCUUACCUCUGACUUAAAUGUGAAAGUGGGAGAUUAUGGAAUAGGAUUCAGCAGGUACAAGGAGGAUUAUAUUGAAACAGAUGAUAAAAAAACUUUCCCUCUGCGAUGGACUGCUCCAGAAUUAGUAACCAGCUUUCAAGACAGACUACUAACUGCAGAUCAAACUAAAUAUAGUAAUAUCUGGUCCCUGGGUGUGACACUUUGGGAGCUUUUCAAUAAUGCUGCUCAGCCCUAUUCAAACCUUUCCAACUUAGACGUUCUCAAUCAUGUCAUUAGAGAGAGAGACACAAAACUCCCUAAGCCCCUGCUGGAGCAGCCUUAUUCUGAUAGAUGGUAUGAAGUUUUACACUUCUGUUGGCUGUCACCCGACAAGAGACCAGCAGCCGAAGAUGUGCACAGACUGCUGACUUACCUGCGCAUGCAGAGCCAGCGGGACUCGGAAGUCGACUUUGAACAACAGUGGAAUGCUCUUAAACCAAAUACCAACAACAGAGACACUUCCAACAAUGCUGCAUUCCCGAUUCUCGACCAUUUUACCAGAGAUCGGCUUGGUCGUGAACUGGAGGAAGUCCUCACUGUGACCGAAACGAGCCAGGGCCUGAGCUUUGAAUAUGUCUGGGAGGCUGCAAAGCAUGACCAUUUUGACGAACGCAGUCGGGGCCACCCAGAGGAAGCCUUGUCCUACACAAGCAUCUUCUUUCCCGUUGAAGUUUUUGAGAGUUCCCUUUCAGAUCCCGGGCCUGGAAAACAAGAUGACAGUGGCCAGGAGGUCCCCCUUAGGGCCCCUGGAGUGGUUCCUGUUUUUGAUGCCCACAACCUUUCUGUUGGAAGCGAUUAUUAUAUCCAAUUGGAAGAAAAAAGUGGUAGCAACUUAGAGCUUGAUUACCCACCUGCACUGCUCAUGACUGAGAUGGAUAAUCCAGACAGGAUAGGUGCCGAGGCAGCCCAGUUCUCGGCUCACAAGAACCUGGAAUUUGAGGAAUCUAGUACAGAUGAGGAUUUCUUUCAAAGCAGUGCAGACCCCAAAGAUUCUAGCUUACCUGAGGACUUACAUGUGACUGGUGGCACCGAGAGCCCUUUCAAUAAUAUAUUUAAUGACCUUGACAAAUCGGAGGAUUUGCCCAGUCACCAAAAAAUAUUUGACUUAAUGGAACUCAAUGGAGUUCAAGCUGACUUUAAGCCAACUACUUUAAACCCAAGUUUGGAUGACCCCAAAGAGUCAACAAUAACUUGCCACAUUGAGAAGGAAAAGCCCCAUAAGCUUUUUGACUGUGACCCUCUUUGCUUAUCAGAAAAUCGUAUGCACCAAGAUAAUUUCGAUCCAUUGGAUGUUCAAGAAUUGUCAGAAAACUUUUUAUUUCUUCAAGAGAAGAACUUAUUAAAAGAUUCGUUGUCUAGCAAAGAACAUAUAAACAAUCUUCAAACAGAACUUAAGAAUGCUGGCUUUACUGAAACAAUAUUAGAGACUUCACAUAGUAACUCUUUAGAUACCAAGCCGAAGUUAGCUGAAAAUAAAUCAGGCUUUUCUUUGUUACAAGAAAACAUAAGCCCAAAAUGUAAAGACAUAGGCGUCACGCUCAAGGGCAACUCCUUGAGCACCUCAUUGCAGUCGUCCCCAGAAGUGCAGGUACCUCCUACCUCACUUGAAACAGAAGAAACACUUCCUAGUGUACCUCUAGAUUCAUUCCUGAAGCCAGGAGAAACAAAACCCAUGAGUUUAGAUGUCAGUGUCCCUGAGGACUCUCUCUGCCUGGACAUGAAUCCAGACUCUGUGACUGUCCCCGUUGAAAUUCUCUUGACUGAUGCCAAAACCCACGGCGUUGGGCGUGGGUCCCCGGACUUGACUCUCCAAAGUGAGGAGACUUUGAGACUAACCAAAACUGACUCUGUUCUUGUUGAUGAUAUUCUUGCUAGUAGGGUAGGUAUAGGGAGUAGUCUCCCAGAACUGAGACAGAACUUACAAAAUAAACCAUUUUCAGAAGACCAUCAUAGUAAUAGUUUGCUGGAGAAAGACUUGGAAGCUGUGGAGACUUUAAAUCAGCUCAAUUAUAAAGAUGCUACAAAGGAAGCAGGCUUGGUGUCUGCCCUUUCCUCAGACUCCACCAGUCAAGACAGCCUCUUAGAAGACAGCUUAUCAACACCCAUUCCAACCUCAGAACAAUCAGUGGAAACCCCAGACUCUCUGGAUUCAGUGGAUGUCCAUGCAGUCUUACUGGAUUCUUUAGGCUCCCAUGCUCCUCAGAAACUCGUGCCCCCUGAUAAGCCGGCAGAUAGUGGCUACGAAACAGAAAACUUGGAGUCUCCUGAGUGGACUUUGCACCCUGCCCCCGAAGGCACCUCAGACUCAGACUCAGCUGCAGUGGCCGAUGGUGGUUGUAGCAGUUUGCCCUCCAACCCAGUCAUCAUCAUCUCAGAUGUAGGCGAUGGGCACCGAGGUACAGAAGCCACCUCACAGACUUUUGCACCUGGCUUCCAGAGUUCAUAUCGAGACUCUGCGUACUUCUCAGACAAUGACUCUGAGCCUGAUAAAAAGUUCGAGGAGGUCCCAGGAACCUCCACAUUGGCCUUGGUGUUGGAACAGGGUCAGGCUUUGCCCGAGCCAGUCAUUCCAGAGCAAAGCCCUGGUGCCAAGGAUAGCUGCCUGGAAAACCAAAAGGGACACCCAGAUCAAAGUUGUCUGUAUGCUUUGCAAAAUCCCAGUCACCUAGAAUUAAGAGAAACAUUGGAGCCAGCACAAGGUGAUGUUUCCAAACAGGUGCAUCCUACAGAGGAUGAGGCUGGCAGUCCCUCCUUGAGUCUGCUGAAUUCUGAACUUAGCGGUGGUGAUGACUUCACGACACAAGAAGAUUGCCCCUGCACCCUCACUUCGACCGGAACCAACACAAAUGAACUCCUUGUGUAUACAAAUUCUACAGUGGAUAAGUCCUUAUCCGGACACUCCGAGGGCCCCAAGUUGAAGGAGCCAGAUAUUGAAGGGAAAUACCUGGGGAAACUCAGUGUGUCCGGGAUGCUCGAUCUCUCUGAGGAUGGCAUUGAUGCGGACGAAGAAGACGAAAACAGUGAUGACUCUGACGAAGACCUGCGGGCCUUCAACCUGCACAGCCUCAGCUCCGAGUCAGAAGAUGAGACCGAGCACCCCGUGCCUGUGAUCCUCAGCAAUGCCGAGGAUGGGAGAAACUUGCGGAGUUUGUUGAAACCGUCUGCAGCCGUGGCCAUUGAUCAGCUACCUGAUGACUGGAAGAAAGAAAAGAAGGCAGUAACAUUUUUUGAUGAUGUCACAGUCUACCUGUUUGACCAGGAGACCCCAACCAAAGAGCUGGGGCAGUGCGGAGGAGAGGCGCGCGACCCCGAGCUGAGCAGCCCUGCACCGCCCUCGGGGUCCCCCUGCCUGAGCAGAUGCAUAAAUUCUGAAAGUUCCACUGAUGAAGAAGGCGGUGGCUUUGAAUGGGAUGACGACUUCUCCCCAGAUACUUUUAUGUCAAAGACAACGAGCAGCCUUCUCAGUUCCAAGCCUUCUCUUCAGACAUCAAAGUACUUUUCUCCUCCACCGCCACCCCGGAGCGCGGAGCAGAGCUGGCCGCACACGUCGCCCUAUUCCAGGUUCUCCAUCUCUCCCGCCAACAUCGCCAGCUUUUCCCUCACGCACCUUACGGACUCGGACAUCGAGCAGGGAGGAAGCAGCGAAGAUGGAGAAAAGGAUUAGGUGGCCGCAGAUGCGCGCUUGGGCCGAGGCUGCUCCCCCAGCAAUGACAUCCACUCACCAUUUGCUGACAUGAGACUGGGAGACAGAAUUAGGAGGUGAAGCGGGAGGUGGCCCUGAGCUCCUGAGCAGGGCUGCAGGGAGCCCGGCAGCUGGCUUCCCCCUGCGCCACGUGCCUCCUGCCACCCUCCACUUGAAGGGCUCGUGCCUGGUCGUUCCAGGGUGGCAGUGACACUGCCUCGGGUGUGUGGGGAAUUGUACGCACUGGGGCGUGUGGGUGUCCUUGGCAUCCACACCUGUCCGUCCUGGUCUCUGCACGGGUGCCACGAAGGAUGCACAAGGGGCAUGGUCACGAGCGAGCCAUAUUUAUUAUGUUUAAAGAAUCACUAAUUGCUUUCUGUAAUUGCACUGUGGAUAAAUGUUCUAAGAGCCCCCAGCAUUGUACAGAAUCUUAAAUUAUUCAAGGAAGAUAAGGCAGGUCAAGCUGGUGCUAUCCACUAGUUUGAUUUUUUGUUUGUUUUUUUAUAGUUUGUUUGUUCUGCAUGGUACUUGUAAAGCUUACAUAUUUCUAGUGUAAUGCUGUCUUCAGAACUGUUGGAACUGUACAUAUGGUACCCUUUCAUAAAUGAUAAAUGAUUCUGAAUGUUAGUGUUCGGGGUGGCCAGUUAGCUCAGUUGGUUAGGAUGUGGUUUAUAACACCAAGGUUAAGGGUUCGGAUCCCUGUACCUGCUAGCCAUCCCCCCCACCAAAAAAAAUGAAUGUUAGUGUUUUAUGUUCUUAGAGGAAAUUAUUUUGAUGAGUCCUAAAAUACUGCUCUGUUUUGCUAAUGGAAUCAAACACAUUUUGGUCUCGUGUAUAGGGUGGCUUCUCUGCAGCAAUUGAGUCUUCUCUCUGAGGAGCUACAGGGUCUUGCAGCCUCUCCCUGUAAUUCUCCCACCCGUUCCCCAGUUUUUUACACCGUUUUUGUAAAAAUGGACAGGUGGUGCAUCCCCAACUCCGCUCCAGGCUGCACGCAGCGCGGCCCCGGCCACCUCCCAGGAGCGGCUCUCCUGCCUGUUGCUGAAGCCAGGCUGCUGUGCUGUGUCAGUGUUUGUGGGAGUCCUCCUUCCAGAAGGUGGGGACUCCAAAGAGAAGCAUCUCCACAGAAGGCUCCAGUGGUUGACGGUUUGAGUUAAUUCUCUUUGUACACCUCAGGUGUUGCAGAUUUGAGCUUUUAAAAAAUAUCCAGAGCUGAAUUUCCUCCCUGGAGCCACUCCAGUCAUGUCCUUCAUAACCUAGGAGAUUCACUACAUCCUGCAGCUGUGAGGAGGGGACAAGGGACAGCAGCAGAGCCUCAGCAGCCAACACGUCCUCCUGGUCGGGACUUAGGGUGGCCCUUCCCUUCUGCGUUCAGCACCAAGUUCUCCCCUUGCUUUGAAAGGGACUGAGUGAUUCCAGUGCAGCUGCUGCUGUUGUGGGAACUGGCUGUUCACAGCACAAAGCAGACCUUGUGCUCCCGUCCUGGAGUUCUGCUUUGACGUGAGGAGGCUCCGGGGGCUGGUGCUGCGAAGCCACGCUGUGCUGAGGGAGGCGCCAUUUGUACCGGGUGGGUCCUAGGCCUGCGAUCCCUUCCUGCUGGCCUUUUACCCCAAAUAUUUUGCGGUGCUGAGAUGCUUUCCAGACUCUAGUGUGACACUGGGGGAUGCUAGUGUGACACUGGGGGAUGGCGCUGCAGGCUGUACUGGGGCUGCGUGUUGUGAAUCAUAGAAACUAGCGCUCCAGUGCAAAAUGCAAAUGUGGACACUGGCUGGUGUUUCCAUAGUAAAUUGUGAGCUUUGUUAUCAAUUCUGGUUCAUUCCACUGAUUUUUUUACAUUAAGCAAUAACUUUCCAAAGCAAAAAAAUUCAAAAUGGAGAAGGUCCCCUCACUCCCCACUUGGUGUGAACAUAGAGCACUCCUGGGCUCUGCGGAGAGACUGGAUCUGUAACGUGCAUGUUUUAAAAAAAUGAACAGGGCAUUAGACGAUGAUUUUGCCAAAACUGUCAUAACCGGUGUGGAGUUAUGGUAUAAUUUAUUUUUAGGGAGAUUUCCCGGAUUUUCUGAAUUUUUACAUCUAAUUACCAGUCUUGGUUCAGAGAGGAACGAGAGAGGCUGUUGUACGAGUUUUUCCAAAUUGCAGGUUUAAGGAGUUCAGAUUUAAUGACUAAAAUCACGCAGAUCUAUAGAAUAUAUAGUCACCUUAUAUAGUCAGCCCAGGACAAAUCUAUUGAUAUUUGGGGGCUGUACGUUUUUCACUAUGAUUAAGAUUUUAACAACAUAAUUCCCAUUUUUAUUUAAGCCUAUAUUGCUCUCAUAAUUAAUUGCCAAAAAAAUUUUAUACAUUGAGUUGGGGGUUGGGGGGAGAGUAGUAGGUCUUACUGUGGUGUUGCAUGGAAGGGAAAAUUUUAUAUUUAUGAUAAACACGUGAGUUAACAUGUUUUUUUGAAAUCACAAGCAAUACCCAGGAAAUUAAGUAGAUUAAAAUUUUCAGUCCAUUUUUGAGAUGUCAGCAUGUGCUUUGUUGUUCAAUUCAUUUUUUUUUUUUUUAGUAAUAAGUUGGUUACCAGUAGUAGGUUUUCAAAACGUACUUAUUCUAAUAAGUUAUACAAUGACAUAAAUUGAUGGCACUCUCUAGGUAAUAUGGGGGAGGUUUAUAAUACCUGGUUCACAAUGAUAUUUCCUGGCCUCCUUUUGGUAGCAGUCCAGAAUCUAUCAGAUUUUAAUUCGUCUUACUUUGGUGGAGUUUGUAUACUUUAAAUCCUAUAAUAAAAAGUAAUCUAGCCUUCAUUUCCUUCCUAGCUGGAUGCUAAUUUGUGUUAUCAAAUGACCCUGUCAUAAGCCAGAAAGAGAAAUGUAGAAAAAGUGCUCCCAAAGCCUGAGACUUGUACCGAGGCUCUGGGUGAGGGUGACAGAAGCUCAGCCAUGCCGAAGUGAAAAUGCAGCGUCUGGUCUAUUUUUAAAUGGACAGAUGUGAUUGUUUCUCCAGAGGUGGGUUUAUUUAAGAAAAGUCUCUUGUCGGGCCGGCCUGUGGCUCACUCGGGAGAGUGCGGUGCUGAUGGCACCAAGGCCACGGGUUCGGAUCCCAUAUAGGGAUGGCCGGUUUGCUCACUGGCUGAGCGUGGUGCUGACAACACCAAGUCAAGGGUUAAGAUCCCCUUACCGGUCAUCUUUUAAAAAAAAAAAAAAAAAGAAAAGUCUCUUGUCUUGCUGCUUUUAAUUCUUCUUUCCCAUAGGAUAUUUGUAGAGUUAGUGACCUAUUGCAUGUCUGUCCUGAGGGCCCAGGGAGAUGGGAGACAGCUCCCAGUUUUACUCAGCCGUCAUCUGAAAAUUCAGAAGUGAACCAAGGAUUAGACUUCACGUGUUGGGCUUCAAAAUAUUAGCCUUAUGAGAAGUAGCCUUAAAAUAAGAAUGGGCAUACACAGUUACUUCAGAUUUAAAUCUCAAAACAAUAUUCCUAAGUAGUAAUGGGGUUGGCUCAAGUCUUGGCUAUGAAAAAAGAAAAUUCUCUUUAACAUAUAAAUAAAUUCUUAAAGACGUGUUGACAGUAUUGAACUACCAACAACCUGUUAAGAUCAGUUUGAAUGCUUGAAUGUGUGCUGUUUGAGCGUCCAAGUUUGCACACGUGCAGCUGGGUCUUGCCAAUGGCACUGGUGUGUGCCCACUGCUUAAUUCUGUCUGCAGAUGAGGACCUAGGGGCGGUCACACCUGCCAGGUCUCCCUGUUGUACUUUCACACAGUUGAAAGGGGUUCACGGCAAUAUAGCAGUUAAUGAACUUUCAGUUUAAAUUGUGUACAUUUUUAAAUUGUAAGAUUUUUACUGUAUAUUGAUGCAUAGUGUGAUUCAAUAAA